AUGACCGCGACGUACCAGAAGCCGUUCGAUCGCCCGGCGAUCCUCCCGACGAUCCUCCGCCACGUCGGUGACACGCCCUUGGUGCGCAUCAACAAGAUCGGCAAGAAGGCCGGUCUCAAGUGCGAGCUCCUUGCCAAGUGCGAGUUCUUCAACGCCGGUGGCUCGGUCAAAGAUCGCAUUGGCCGCCAAAUGGUCGAAGACGCCGAAGCUAGCGGCCGCAUCAAGCCGGGCGACACGCUGAUCGAGCCGACGUCGGGCAACACGGGCAUUGGCUUGGCGCUGGCUGCGGCCAUCAAGGGCUACCGCUGCAUCAUCACGCUCCCUGAGAAGAUGAGCGCGGAGAAGGUCAACGUGCUCAAGGCGCUCGGCGCCGAGAUCAUUCGCACGCCGACCGAAGCUGCUUGGGACUCGCCCGAGAGCCACAUUGGUGUCGCUAAGCGCUUGAACGCAGAGAUCAAGAACUCGCACAUUCUCGACCAGUACACCAACCCCUCCAACCCGAACGCGCACUACCACGUGACGGCCGAAGAGCUCUUGUACCAAUGCGACAACAAGAUCGACAUGGUCGUGCUGAGUGCGGGCACGGGUGGCACGAUCUCGGGCAUUGCGCGCAAGCUCAAGGAGCGCCUCCCCAACAUUAUUGUUGUCGGCGUCGACCCCGUCGGUUCGAUCCUCGCGCAGCCCGAGGCUCUUAACAACGAAGACCGUCUCCAGCCGUACAAGGUCGAAGGCAUUGGGUACGAUUUCAUUCCGCAAGUGCUCGACCGGUCGCUCGUCGACCAGUGGGUCAAGACCCGCGACCAAGAGUCGUUUGUGAUGGCGCGCCGGCUCAUCCGCGAGGAAGGGCUGCUCGUCGGCGGCUCGUGCGGCGCGACGAUGGCGGCGGCCGUCCAAGCGGCAGCGACAUUGAAGGAAGGCCAGCGCUGCGUGGUGCUCCUCGCCGACUCGACGCGCAACUACAUGAGCAAGUUCCUCAACGACCAGUGGAUGUACGACAACGACUUUGUCCAAGAUACGCUCCACACGGCCGACAACUAUGCGAAAUUCAAAAAGUCGAUGCAGACGUGGUGGGCCGCCCAGCCGCUCUCGGUGCUGAGCCUCCCGACGGCCAAGACGCUUCUGCCGACGAUUUCGUGCAAGGAUGCGAUCGGCGUCAUGGAAGCCAAUGGGUUUGACCAAAUGCCGGUGGUCGACGCGACCGGAAAGCUCCUCGGCGUCGUCACCAACGGCCAACUCCUCUCCAAGCUCGCGUCCGGCCGCCUCGCCGCGAAGGACUGCGUCAGCGUCGGCAUGUUUCAGCACUUUAGCCGCGUCCUGCCCGAUGCGACCCUCGCCGACCUCGCCGAGACGUUCGACAAGGAGUUCUUUACACUCGUGUGCGACGCCAACGACCGCGUCUCGCACAUUGCGACCCGCAUCGACCUCGUCCACUACAUCACGACCGCUCAGCAGUAG